GAACAGUAAUUUCAUUUCUUAAACCACAUCAACAAAGUGGAAGAAAAGAGUUGGUCUAAUCAAAAUCUGGGGUCCACCCAACCAUUUGAGUAGCUCCCGAUCUUGGAUUCUUUUGAGCCUUUUUUUUAGAACUUUAGUGUUAUUAUUGUGAGAUGAGAUCAGAAUUGAAGGUGUGAGUUGUGGGAUUUUUGGGUUUUAGGUGUUGGGAGUAAAGAUGGGUUCGAAGCCGUGGUUGUACCCGGCUCCGACUUACCGGACUUUGGAGACUUUUUGGGAUUCCGAUGAGGAUGCGCCUGGUCCACGAUGUGGUCACACUCUUACCGCCGUUGCUGCCACCAAGGCGCAUGGUCCUCGGCUUAUUCUCUUCGGUGGUGCCACCGCCAUUGAGGGUGGCGCUUCCUCAUCUGCUCCUGGAAUCAGAUUAGCCGGUGUCACCAAUUCAGUUCAUUCUUACGAUGUUCUUACCAGAAAGUGGACCAGAAUCAAACCAGCUGGAGAGCCGCCUUCUCCUAGGGCAGCUCACGCCGCUGCCGCCGUAGGGACUAUGGUUGUGUUUCAGGGUGGGAUAGGUCCAGCUGGUCAUUCUACUGAUGAUCUUUAUGUGCUUGAUCUGACCAAUGAUAAGUUUAAGUGGCAUAGAGUGGUUGUGCAAGGGCAGGGUCCUGGACCUCGCUAUGGCCAUGUUAUGGAUCUGGUUGCCCAGAGAUAUCUUGUAAGUGUAAGCGGCAAUGAUGGAAAAAGAGUUCUAUCAGAUGCGUGGGCCUUGGAUACUGGUCAGAAACCAUAUGCAUGGCAGAGGCUAAGCCCCGAAGGUGAUAGGCCUUCUGCUAGGAUGUAUGCUACAGCUAGUGCCCGCUCAGAUGGCAUGUUUUUGCUCUGUGGUGGAAGAGACUCCUCUGGGGCGCCUCUAGCAGAUGCAUACGGGCUGCUUAUGCACAGAAAUGGUCAAUGGGAAUGGACUCUUGCACCUGGCGUUUCCCCUUCUCCAAGGUACCAGCAUGCUGCGGUUUUUGUUGGUGCACGGUUGCAUGUUACCGGAGGUGCUCUUAGAGGAGGACGUGCUAUAGAAGGUGAAGCAGCUGUAACAGUUCUGGAUACUGCUGCUGGAGUAUGGUUGGACAGGAAUGGGCUUGUGACUUCCUCACGGAACACUAAGGGACAUGUUGAAUAUGACCCUUCCUUGGAACUUAUGCGUCGUUGUCGCCAUGCAUCUGCAUCUGUUGGUGUGCGAAUAUAUAUUUAUGGUGGACUUAGAGGAGAUAUGCUGUUAGAUGAUUUCCUAGUUGCAGAAAAUUCACCAUUCCAGUCUGAAAUGAAUUCUCCUGUAUUAUCCCCCGAGAGAGCCACAAAUUUGUCUAGCCCCCGAUUUAAUCAACCUAACUUAGGCUCAUUUGGAACAUCACCAACUUCAGAUGAUGGUCAAGAGUUCUCUUCAUCCACGAGCUUGAGCAUGGACACAAAUUCUAUGGAGAAACUGAGGGAGGCUUCUGCUGCUGAAGCCGAGGCUGCAAAUGCUGCAUGGAAAGCUGCCCAGGCUGCAUCUGCUGUUCCGGCAGAGGAAACAUCUGUAUCUGAUGAUAACUCACCUGCUCUUGAAACAGCUUCAGAUGCUAGCGAUAAUGAGGCGGAUGUUCGCCUUCAUCCUCGAGCUGUUGUGGUUGCCAAAGAGACAAUUGGAAAUCUGGGUGGGAUGGUUAGGCAGCUAUCUUUGGACCAGUUUGAAAAUGAGAGCCGAAGGAUGAUUCCCUCUAAUAAUGACUUAUCCUAUCCUACGAAAAAAUUUGCUAGGCAGAGGUCGCCCCAAGGUUUGCAUAAAAAGGUCAUUUCUACAUUGCUUAGGCCCCGGAACUGGAAAGCUCCGGUAAAUAGGAGGUUUUUCUUGGAUUCUUAUGAAGUGGGUGAGCUAUGUUAUGCUGCUGAGCAACUAUUUAUGCAAGAACCCACGGUCCUCCAGUUAAAAGCUCCAGUAAAAGUCUUUGGCGAUCUCCAUGGACAGUUUGGCGAUUUAAUGCGGCUAUUUGAUGAAUAUGGGUUUCCUUCAACCGCAGGUGAUAUUACGUACAUCGAUUAUCUGUUUUUAGGAGAUUAUGUUGAUCGAGGACAGCACAGCUUGGAGACAAUUACAUUGCUUCUUGCUCUUAAGAUCGAGUAUCCUGAAAACGUUCACUUGAUUCGUGGAAAUCAUGAGGCUGCCGACAUAAAUGCACUCUUCGGUUUUCGUAUUGAGUGCAUCGAGAGAAUGGGGGAGAAUGAUGGUAUAUGGGCAUGGACGAGGUUCAAUCAACUAUUCAACUUUCUUCCACUUGCUGCUCUUAUCGAAAAGAAAAUUAUCUGCAUGCAUGGUGGCAUAGGAAGAUCGAUACAUUCGGUUGAACAAAUAGAGAAACUUGAGCGACCGAUAACAAUGGAUGCAGGAUCCAUUAUUUUAAUGGACCUGUUAUGGUCUGAUCCAACAGAAAAUGAUAGCAUAGAAGGUUUGAGACCGAAUGCCCGAGGUCCCGGUCUCGUCACUUUUGGGCCGGAUCGUGUUACGGACUUCUGUAAGAAAAACAAGCUACAGCUUAUUAUAAGAGCCCAUGAAUGCGUAAUGGACGGGUUUGAACGAUUUGCUCAGGGUCAGCUGAUUACUCUUUUUUCUGCAACAAACUACUGUGGUACUGCAAACAAUGCUGGAGCCAUAUUGGUCAUCGGUAGAGGACUGGUUAUCGUCCCGAAAUUAAUACAUCCCUUGCCACCUCCCAUUCAGUCUCCUGAAACAUCGCCAGAGCGUGUUGGAGAUGACACUUGGAUGCAGGAACUGAACAUCCAGAGACCACCAACACCAACUCGUGGUCGACCUCAACCCGACCUUGACCGGAGCUCACUUGCGUAUAUAUGAACACAUCAUUACGAAUUCAAGGACUUAAAACUUUGAAAUUCACGGAGCUAUAACGUGGGAGGCCCCGGUUUUUAUACGGCAGGUUCGAUUCUUUCCUAACUUGGAUUUUGAGAAGUAUAUCGAACGAGUUCAUGUACCCCAUUAUUGCUCGUGGUUUUUCUCGAAGAUAGAAGCCAUUGUUUGUUGCAUGCAUAGCUUAAAUCAGUAUAAAACCAGUGACUGAUAUUAUACAGGAUAAAUUAUAGGGUUGAGUCAGCUUAUUAUUAUUAUU